AUGACCGUCUCACCGCCAGCGUCGCCCACGGGGCCUGCCCCGCGACCCAUCAGCGCGGUGAUGCGCACGCCGCGCAGUAAUAGUCGAUUAAGUAUGAGCAGCAGACAAGGUGGCAGCCGAGCCUCUGAUGAAGAUGGCAAGACCGCAGUCAAAGUCGCUGUUCGAGUGCGACCACCCCUGAAGCCCACCGACCCCGGUUACGAAUUAAUUCCCCAGCGAUUUCAACGAUCCAUGGUUCACGUUACGGCUUCGACCAGCUUGGCUGUGGAUGUUCCUCAGGGCCGCAAACUCUUUGUUUUCGAUCGCGUUUUCCCCGAGACCGUGGAUCAGGACGGAAUUUGGGAAUACCUGAGCGACAGCGUCAAUUCGUUCGUGCAAGGUUACAAUGUUUCCAUUCUCGCCUACGGCCAGUCCGGUGCGGGAAAAUCAUACACCAUGGGCACAGCUGGCCCCAAUGAACAGGGUCAUUCCGAGGCGAACGGUAUCAUCCCCCGCGCUGCACAGGCCUUGUUCGAGAAGCUAGACGGCCCCAAACACAACCGCAACGGAUCCACCUCGACCGGUCUCCGAACACCUCAGAGAUAUUCUAUGAGUUCUGCAUCUAGUUUCAACAAGCAUAUCGCCGAAAAGAAUUGGCAAAUGAAGGCGACCUAUGUUGAGAUUUAUAACGAACAGCUUCGGGAUUUGCUGCUUCCCGACUCCACACCCGCCAGCGAUCGCGGUAGCGUCGCCAUCCGCGAAGACACUAAAGGCCGCAUCCUUUUGACCGGUCUGCACCAAGUCAACAUCAACUCCUAUGAGGACCUGGUUGGGGCUCUAAACUUUGGUUCUGCCAUUCGUCAGACCGAUUCCACCGCCAUCAACGCCAAGUCAUCUCGUUCCCAUGCAGUCUUCAGCUUAAACCUCGUCCAGCGCAAAUCUUCUGGCCCGGCAGCUUCUUCUCCCAAAGAAAAGCGCAUGUCCAUGCCUGUGGACUCGUUCUGUAACGGUGACUCAUUUACCGUCGAUAGCAAGCUGCACUUUGUGGAUUUGGCAGGUAGCGAACGUAUGAAGAACACCGGUGCUUCCGGUGAACGUGCGCGCGAGGGUAUUUCUAUUAAUGCCGGUCUCGCGGCUCUUGGAAAAGUCAUUUCACAACUAUCCUCCCGCCAGUCCGGUUCUCACGUUUCUUACCGUGACUCGAGACUCACCCGUCUGCUUCAGGAUUCUCUAGGCGGCAAUGCCAUUACAUAUAUGAUUGCUUGCGUGACCCCUGCCGAGUUCCAUCUGAGUGAGACCCUCAACACUGUUCAGUACGCUCAGCGCGCCCGAGCGAUCCAGAGCAAACCCCGAAUCCAGCAGAUCGCAGACGAAGGCGACAAGCAAGCCUUGAUUGAACGACUGAAGGCCGAGGUGGCCUUCCUUCGGCAACAGAUCCGCAACUCCGAAGGCUCGGAACGCCGCGACGCCUCUUCCGCUGAGCGCAAUGAGCGCAAGAACGAACGCGAAAUUAAGCUCCAGAACCAGCUGUUGGACGCUCAGGAGAGUUACAAUGCUCUCAGUCAACGUCAUACGAAGCUGAUUUCGACCCUCGCCAAUGACUCCGAGGCGGCCAAUAGCGUGGCUGACGAUGCGGCCGCUGAAGUGGGCGUGAGUUCGAUUGAGCGAAUGCAGCGAUCAAAGUCGUUUGCAGAGUCUGUGGAGCAAGUGGUAAUUGAAUAUGAAAAGACUAUCCAAAGCCUUGAGGCUUCCCUGUCUGACACCCGCUCUUCCCUGGCCACCUCUGAAAGCACCCUUUUGGAGCGCGAGACUAAGUGCACUUAUGUUGAGGCUGUCAACCAACAACUUCAGUCUCGUGUGCAGAAACUUUUGGAUCGUGAUGUCAGCAAUGAGACUUACCUGCACGAGCUGGAGUCAAAACUUGACGGUGCCUCUACUGGCGAGGAGAAGCAUGCAGCUAUUGUGACCGAGCUGCGCAAGGAGCUCACCCGUGCUCGCGAGAACGAGGCGGGCUGCGAGGAAUACAUUUCCACAUUAGAAGACCGACUUGCAGAGGCUGACCAGGAUAUGGAGCUGAUGCAGCGCGAGGUCCUCCGUUUGGAGCAUGUUAUUCAGCGCCAGCGAGGCCUUGGAACUCUUGAUCACCUACUCCAUGACCUGGACCAGCGUCGCCAAAAUGGCGAAGACUACGAUGGCACCAAUGGAGUCGACCCAUCUUCCCCGACUCCUAUCAGGCCCCCGCAGUUCCACCGACACACACCCUCUUUGAAUGUCCUGAACGAAGCCACCGAGACCGCCAUCCCCGAAUCAGACGAAGAUCUCGGAGAGCCGAUCCCAGAGGAGGAAGAUGAGGUUGUUGAAGCUGCCGAGAAGACCCCUGAUGUACCUGGUGAUGAUUUGCAGGUGCUGCAGACUGUAACCAGCAAGCUUGAGGCUCGGCGCUCUCAAUCUAUGUAUGAAGAACCGCUUCACAGCCCAGCCCAGUCCAAGUUUGUUGCCGACAAGCUUGAAACUGUUACCCAGGAGCUCUUCGAUCUGCGCAUGAAUCACGAGACUACUCUAAACGAGUUUGAGACUCUCGAGUCCAAGUACGAAGAAGCGUUGAAGGCACUGGCCGAGCUGCGCCAGGACAAACUCGAUGAAGCCCGCCACCCUGAUACCCAGAGCAAUGCUUCUCGGCCCGUGUCUUUUUUAGACCACGGGCUCGCUCUGAACACGAGAUCUGGAGCACAACACUCAUUCUCGCAGUCGCUCUCCUCGGAAUUGUCCUCGGCCGGGGAAUCAGCUGUAUUGCGCGACUCCUCUGAAAUUAAGGCAGAGACUCCUAUCACCCCUGUCGCUUCCUCUACCCCGUUCCAGUCUGAUGAGGACACCGAGAAGAUGCGCAAAGCCCUUGCUGAGCACCAGGAAAGCGCCGAUCUUAUGAGACAGAAAUAUGCCGAACUUGAAGCUGAGCACGAGGCCAUUCUUGGAAUCGUCGAGAAGCUCAAGGCCGAAGCCGAGGUCCAGCGCACCAGGACUAGCUCUCCCACCACUCCUGGUUUCAAGAUGAUUCGCCGUAUGACCAGCCAGAAUCUCCUUUCUGGCGUCGACCGUGCUCACCGUUCGCUUACCGCACUACGCAAUCUGGCGAACGAGGAGCUUGCCAGCCGUCCCGAAAUUCUUCAGAACUUUGAGGUCCACCUCGAUGCCACCAUGCACGAAUUGUCAACUCGCAUGGAGCGUCUUCAGUCGAUGGAGGCCGAGAACCAAGCUGUGAAGAAGGAGAUGGAGAUGAAGGCCACCAUUAUCUCCGGUCUCACUCGCGAACGAUCUAGCAUGCAAGGCACAUCUUCAAUGGACAUGGCUAUGGUGUCUCAGCUGCGUGACCAGGUCGUCGGCCAGGAGAUCCAGAUUAACGAGCUCCGGGCUGCCCACGAGGCCCGUGAGCAUCAGCUCCUGGCUGCUAUUGAGAACCUGAACAGUCUUUUGAAGAGCCAAGAGAUUGCUACGAAGGCCAUGGAUGCUGGCGCUGAAGAGCAGGACAAGAAGAUUAACGCUCUACAGGGCGAGCUUGACCAGUGGAAGAGCAAGCACCAAAGCGCUUUGGAGUCUGUGCAGACAUCGGAGAAGCAACUCACCACCACCCUUAUUGAACUUGAAAGUGCGCUUGCGUCUGUUGAGACCAUGCGCGCAGAGCGAGCCAACUCGGGUGACGCUUCGGCCGACAAGGAAGCCGCUGCAGAGGCUCUUGAGAGUGAGCGUGCCAAGCAGCAGGAGCUCGUUGAUGGCCUGAAGAAGGACAUUGAUGAGCACAAGACGACUAUUGCCGCUCAGCUCGCAACAAUUGCUGGCCUUGAGAAGUCUCAUUCCGAUGCUAAAGAACAGCUGUCUGCACAGCUCACUUCCAAAGAGGUUGGCAGCGACUCCGCUGACACCCACAGCGCCCACAUUGCCAAACUCGAGCAGGAAAUCUCGACCCACAGAACUGCUAUUGACUCACACAAAACAGACUUGGGUUUGCUCCAGGACACUCACAAGCGCGAGCUGGCUGAGCUGGAGGAGCGCACUAAGGCGGCUGUCAAAGCUGAGCAGGAGUCCCGUCUUGCCGAGAAGGAUGCCGAGCACGAUAAGUCGAUGGCUGCUUUGCAAAAGAAAUUGCCGAGUCUCGCGAUGAUCACUGCCGAGACGAUGGCAGACCAGAUCCAGGAUGUUCUGGCCCAGAAGCAACACUUCUCUGAGAAGUAUGCGGAGCUGAUGGACACCAACGAGAGUCUGCGUAAGCAUCUCGAAAGUGCCAAUGUAGAGGAAUUGGCAAAUAAGAACUCCGUCCAGGACGCCAAGGUUAAUGAGCUGGCUCUCUUGGUUGCUACCCUGGAGGAUUCUCUUCGUCAAAAGGACGAGCAGGUGAAGAAGAAGGAAACCUUGGUGGAGGAGAUUACCGCCGAGAAGGAGAAGAGUAUCCGCUUGGUAGAGGAGCUCGAGGAGCAAAUCACCAGCAGCUUCGAUCAGCACCACAAUCGUCUUUCUGUUAUCCAGCAAGAGCGUGACCAGGCCCUCGAGGAUGCGAAGGCCAGGAUCAUCGCCCUCGAGUCAGACAUUGAGACCUACCAGAUGCGAAUCGAGCAGCUUGACCUUCAACUCAAGAACAGUGGCGGCCAUGAUGGCUCCCACGACCGCAGCAGUUCGAUGACAUCGAACCUCCGCAAGAGCUCAUCCGCCGCAUCUCUCCCCUCGCCGCCCCCGGCCAUUCCCCUUCCUCCCCUCCCGACCAUCGCUUCCAACGGUAGUGUGUCCCCACCCAGCUCUCGCCACGCCAGCAAGGAGCUGGUGAAUGCGCAGAUUGUCGAAGACCAAGAAGCUCGUAUCCGCACCAUUGAGAAGCACCUGUACGCCGAGAAGCAGCUGACGGCCACCCUCGAGGAGGCACUCGGCGAUCUGGAGGCUCAAAGCAGUAAGGUCAAGACCGACUGCGAGUCCUGGAAGAAGAAGGCCUGGCAAUUCGAGGACGAACUGUCCACUCUUCGCAAGGAGCGCAACUCCGCCCGACUGUCUCUCCAGGCUGUUGAGGAGGAGCGCAGUGCUCGUAAAGAAGCCGAGGCUGCUCGCGCCCAGCUGGAAGAGCGAAUGAACGCCCUCAACAAGAAAAAGAAAAAGAGCACGCUCAACUGCUUCUAA